GCCUCUAAAGCGCCCAGCGCCAGUCUCCCGCUGCCGCACUUUCACUCUCGGUCCACCUCGGUGUCCUCUAGCUGUCCAGCCCUGCAGCCUCUGGCGCGCCCUCCCGCCCACGCCAUGGACGCCAAGGUCGUCGCCGUGCUGGCCCUGGUGCUGGCCGCUAUCUGCAUCAGUGACGGUAAGCCUGUCAGCCUGAGCUACAGAUGCCCGUGCCGGUUCUUCGAGAGCCACGUCUCCAGAUCCAACGUCAAACAUCUGAAAAUCCUCAACACUCCAAACUGUGCCCUUCAGAUUGUGGCAAGACUGAAGAGCAACAACAGACAAGUGUGCAUUGACCCGAAAUUAAAGUGGAUUCAGGAGUACCUGGAGAAAGCUUUAAACAAGGGGCGCAGAGAAGAAAAAGUGGGGAAAAGAGAAAAGAUAGGAAAAAAGAAGCGACAGAAGAAGAGAAAGGCUGCCCAGAAAAGGAAAAACUAGUUACCUGCCUUCCUACAGAUGGACCGCAGUGCAUUCUGCUCUGGCGCUUUCUAACACGCCCUUCCCUCUUCAGGGGCAGACCCCACACCCCGGGCAGGUGCUCACACUUGAUGGUAAAUUCUCCCCUCUUCCCGGGGCAGACCCUCACACCCUGGGCAGGUGCCCAGACUUUCCUGCCCUGGUGGCCACACCAGCUGCUGUAUUUAUGUGCUUCUUAAGGCCCUGCUCCGCCUGCUAAGCUAUGAAGAAAAUAGAUGUACAGAGACUGGGGUGGAGGCUAAGCCACAGAGGACCUGCUGAGCCUGGCAGCAUUGCCCCGAGCUGAGCCCCUGGCCAGGAGUUCCCAAGGCUCACACCCAAAGUCCACAGUCCUAUGAAGGCCAGGGUGGUCUGCUUAGCCAGGAAAGGGCAUAAUGCCUUCCUCUCAGCCAUACUGCCCCUUGUGGCCUUCUCAGGACAUGAGGUGACUGACUUGCUCUCAGGCCCACCACAUGCUUUUCCAAGUACCUGCAGCCGGGAAAGGAACUUCCGCCCUGCUCCCCUGGCUGUGUGAGCAGCCUUGCCUUCCAGCCCAGAAGGGUUUCUACAGACUGUUGGGUGAGCAGGAGGAAUGAUGAAUUCUCAGAAAACAGAUGUGAGCUGCUUCUCAGGGAAUCUUUUCUUUGGACAACUCACUUUAGAGUCUUUAAACGGGUCCCUUGUGGGGAGGACAGAUGUGCUCUGGAACUUAUACAGAAGGGCCAGCAGCUUCAGGGACUUUCAGUCUGUCCUUUUGGUCCCAACAUCCCUGGGAUGGUGUCUUAUCUGGGCACAGCUGCCUCAGUCCUAACUCCUGAGAGAUGUCUGCCUUCAGUGAAUUGGGUUAAAGUUCUGUAACAUUCUACUCUCCUACCUGACCCUCACCUGGCAAUUUAUGUCUGUCUUUUUGCCAGUCUGGAUGGGAGGGAUAGAGGGCAAAGCUCUGAUUUUAGUGGUGUUUUGAAAGAGGAUUCUCUGAGUUUCUUGACCCUCCUCUUCACCUCGUGUACACAUACACAUCUUGUACUCCAGACUUCUGGGUAUAAUUUCCAUACCUGGGGCAGAAACAAGAAAGGAUCUGAAAAUGCGGCAAAUGGAUUGCAGAGGAAGGCCGCCCAGGGGCCCCAUGUGUCACACUCUCCUGGGUCCCUAAGUCCUGUGUCCAUUGAUGUACUUCUUAUGGUUCUAGCAUUGAACAGAUACAUCCCUUCAUGGUCCUUGCGGGGACGUGUCUUGCUAGGGAGCUUCAGGGAAGACCUGUGUUACCAACUGUUACCCUUUAUGUGGACAGCUCAGCCAUCCAUAUCCUCUCCUCAGCUCUGAGGGCACCUCUUCAGGCCCAGGGUCACUGCCCGUCCUUCUUGUGAUGGCAGCUGCAGUCUGAGGUCAGAGUGGCCUCAGCUGGGGCCUUCCUACUAUUACUAAAACACUUCUGAAGGACAGAUCUGUGCCCAAGCCACAGCUCUGCUUAGAAAGGGAUGCCUAGCCCAUCCAGGACUGGGAAGAACUGUUGUCCCCUAGCAACCAAAGGCCAAGCUGAGGCUGCCCUGAGGUAGAAGACCACUUUCAGAAAUGCCCAUGGACUCUGCCUCCCACCAUCUGUCUCCAAGUCCUAGAGGAGCUGGCUGCAGAGACUAAGGGAAUAGACCAUCCCUUAAGAACCACAGCAAGCUCCACUUGUCUUUAUGUGGCUCUUGGGAGCCCCUCUGUGCUUAAGUGGCUUAUGAAGCCCUUAUAAAGGGCAACCCCAGCCUGCUGAAUAGAGUCACCAUGGAAAUGCCCGAGAAGCUGAUUUCAUCUUGUGAUAGGUUGACGUAGGAUGUGUUCCUGCAAGUUCACAGGCAGGUUGGAGGGGUAGUCCUUACAGUGUCCCACACAGAUGCCUUCUGGGAAAACAUGCAACCUCCUGAGUGCCAAGACCUCUUCUGGUGAUGUGGCAUCAGCCAAGGGAUUUCAAGAAAGAAUGAGUUUUUGAUGCAAGUUGUGAGAUCUGCCUCUUUUCUUGGAGUUCUGAGGCCCGGGGAUGUCCGGGGACACCUCGGCUGCUGUUGCUGGGGUAGAUACAUCGCCUCAACACCAGUGUCCUAGGGUUAAGACAGUGAGCCUGGUCAUGUACUCCUUGUACCAUGCCUCCCAUGCCAGUGUUUGUGUGUGCCUUGCCCUGUGCUUGCCAUGUUCAUCUGUCUCCUCUGCUUCCCAUCGUCAUCCAGACUCUGAGCAUCAGCCCUGGCUGUGUCCUUCCCUGCUUCCCCACUCUCUCCGGCCUCGGAAGGAAGACACAGGACAGCAAGCUGAAAUAAGGGGUAGGGCCCAUGGCUCCUGCCAGGCCCCGCAGCGUCCCAGGCACGUGGUGGUGAGAAUCUGCCUUAAUCGUGUCUCCUCUGUUCUUGU